AAUGGGGAGAUGUAUAAGAAGACGACCAUGCAGUCUUAUCGCCAAGGCUUGCAACGGCACUUAUCUAAAACAAGGGAUGUUGACAUUCUCAAAGGUGACAAUUUCAAGAAGUCCAAAAAAGCAUUCCAAUGUAUGACAAAGGAGCUAAAAAGACUUGGUCUGGCAGCUGUGGAGCACUAUCCAGCAAUUGCUGAUGCUGAUAUGGAAAAAAUGUACAUGUUUUUCUGUAAAGAUUUGGAAAGUCCAAAAAUGCUCCAGUACAAGGUAUUUGUGGACAUAAUGAUUCAUUUUGGACGUAGAGGCAGGGAGAACCUGGCAACCUUAACAAGACAGGACUUUGCAGUACAGCCAGAUCCAGAGGGUACACUUUAUGUUUAUAAAACCCAUGAUGAACUAACCAAAAAUCAUCAGACAGAUAGUGAAAAGUCAUCCGAUGGGAGGAUGUAUGAAAUCAAAGGUAGUGACCGAUGUCCAGUAAGGUCGUUUGUAAAAUAUAUACGCCGUCUGAAUCCAAAAUGUAAUAAACUUUUUCAACAGCCAAAGUUAACAGCUAAAGAUGGGAUACAUUAUGACAACAUUCCCCUUGGACACAACAAACUGGGCGUAUAUAUGAACGAGAUAAGCAAGGCAGCCAACCUGUCAAAGGAGUAUACAAACCACUCAUGCAGGGCUACAACUGUCCACAUUUUAGAUGAGGCACAAAUUCCCAGUAGACACAUUAUGAGUGUCACUGGUCAUAAAUCGGAGGCAUCUUUAAAAACAUAUAGUGGUAAAACAUGUGAAAAAACCAAAAAAAUAAUGUCAGACAAAUUAAGUGAAAAAACACUAUGCAAAACAUCAACAGUUUCGAAACCAGCCGCUUUGUCUUCAAAUAUUGAUUUUUUGUGUCUUUCACAAACUAGUAUGACUGUAGAAACUGAGGCGAUAUCAACUACCUCAUUUGGCUCUUUCAAUUUACAGCCAUUGUCUGACUCGCAAACUCAAAACCUCAUGAAUGAUAUCAUUCCUGAAAUGGCAGCUGAUGAUGGUAUGGAUGAUGGUAUGGAUGAUUUAUUGAAAUCUCUAGAAGUUCCAAGAUGUAUACCAAAACAGUCGAACUCAGUUAAUGCUGCUAAUAUGAACCAGAAAGCUAUGCCAGCUCCAGUAUUCAAUAACUGUUCAAAUAUAACUGUCAAUUACAAUUUCAUUCAGAAGAAUUAAUGAAAAAAAGUGUUUCAGAAAUUUAUUCAUUGUUAAAUUGUUUAGUCUAAAAAGAACAAUAGUUAAAUGUUUCAAUUGUAUUUGAAUUGUUUCAUAAUAUUUAUGAAAUAACUUUUAUAUUUCAUGAUAUUUUUUAUGUUGAAAUAAAUAACCAUCACAUAUUUCGUUCAAUAUGGCCAAAACAAAUAUUACAUCGUACAUCUUAAAAGAAUUUUCAAAUAUUAAGAAAAGAACAUAUUUGGUAAACAAGUCAAAGAAUCAAUUAAUAUACUACCAUCAAGAUAAUAUGUGUGAAUUAAUAAAAUAACAAUUAUAGCCUUUGUAUGAGGUCGA